UGCAAUUGAUUCUUUGCAUUUCGAGCCCUUGGUCGUCUUCUUCCUCUUUCUUCUUCGAGCUCCACUACACCACCAUUGGAGAGAGAGAGAGAGAGAGAGAGAGAGAGAGAGUAGAGUAGAGGAAGCUUUCGAUCGAGGAAAAAUGGCGGACGAAGAGGCCGCUCUCUCCCCUCCUCUCUCCCACCGACGCGACCCCAUAAAAUCCUCAGAUAACAUUAGCAUCCUUUUUAUCAGUGCACAACACUGCUGCACAUCGGAGACGGCAACAAGCCAUAGCAGUGGGAAAGGAAAGAAGAGAAUCUUUAAUACGAGCAAAGCGCCUAUGCCGGGAUACAGUUAUUGAUGGUAGUGAAAGUCCAUUUGAAGGGGAUAUGAUCAUUGAUGAAGAAAAAGAAGCAUUAGAUUCCAAAACAUCUCAAACAGUGCUGGAGCUAAAAUCUGCUAUUGCAUUCCAAGGAAAAGGUGCAACACAGAAGAAGGUAGAGAUACUUCGUGUAUUGAGGCGCUUGUUAUCACAGUCUGAAGUACCUCCAAUUGAAGCAGCACUCCAAGCUGGAGCUGUCCCUCUCCUAGUGCAAUGCCUUUCUUUUGGAUCCUCAGAUGAGCAGUUGCUUGAGGCAGCUUGGUGCCUUACUAACAUAGCUGCUGGGGAACCUGAACAUACAAAGUCAUUACUUCCUUCUCUUCCAAUGCUUAUUGCUCACCUUGGAGAGAAGAGUUCUACUCCCGUUGCUGAGCAGUGUGCAUGGGCCGUGGGUAAUGUUGCUGGUGAAGGAGAAGAGUUGAGAAACAUUUUACUAGCACAGGGAGCAUUAUUUCCUCUUGCACGUUUAAUGAUGUCAAAUAAGGGUUCUACAUCAAGAACAUCUUCUUGGGCAUUGUCAAAUCUCAUUAAGGGACCUGAUCCCAAGGCUGCGAAUGAAUUGAUAAGGGUUGAUGGGCUAUUAGAUGCAAUCGUUUGGCACUUGAAAAAGGCGGAUGAUGAGCUGGCGACAGAAGUGGCAUGGGUAAUUGUGUAUCUUUCAGCGCUUUCUGAAAAGGCUACUAGUUUGUUGGUCAAAAGUGAUGUUGUUCGACUUCUGGUUGGACGGUUGGUAGCAUCAGAGAGUUUGCAGAUGCUCAUUCCGGUACUUCGAAGUCUCGGUAACCUUGUAGCUAGCGACAGCUAUAUGAUUGAUGUGGUCCUGAUUGUCGGACAUACUAUCACAGACGAACUCUUAUCAGGUCUUAUAAAGUGUCUGAAAAGCGAGCACAGAGUGCUGAAAAAGGAGGCUUCAUGGGUAUUAUCUAACAUAGCAGCUGGUUCACUUGAACACAAGAGAUUAAUAUACUCGAGCGAAGCCACUCCUUUGCUGAUAAAUUUCCUUUCAAGUGCCCCAUUUGACAUAAGAAAGGAAGCAGCAUUUACUCUGGGUAAUCUUUGUGUUGCUCCGCCAAAGAACAAUGAACAGCCCGGGAUAAUUGUCGUCCACUUGGUUUCACUCAUCGACAGUGGGUGCCUUCCUGGCUUUUUAAAUUUGAUUAGAUCUGCUGAUAUAGAGAGUGCAAGACUCGGCCUUCAAUUCCUGGAACUGGUGAUGAGGGGAUUACCCAACGGAGAAGGCCCAAAGCUUGUCGAGAGGGAGGACGGGAUCGAAGCGAUGGAAAGGUUUCAAUUUCAUGAGAAUGAAGAGAUGCGGAAUAUGGCCAACACUUUGGUGGACAAAUACUUUGGCGAGGACUAUGGGCUCGAGUAGUCACCAACCUUAAAUUUUCACAUUAAAGGUACUCAAAUGGUUGCAAGAGGUAUAUCAUUCACUCGUGUUAGUUACAUUGCAGCUGCUUUUGAUUAAAACUAAUAUGUUUCCAUAAAUUAGUUCUGAUACUUUGCAUGUAUGAUGAGCCAUUCACCAUGUCUUGAAUGUAUGAAAUAGGAGAAAUACAUUCAGUGUAAAUCUUUGACAUGUAUGAGAAUUUUCUUAAAUGGUUUUAACUUG